AUGGGAUCUCUCGUCUGGGAUGACGAGAACCGCUGGGUAGGCAAGCAGCCCUGGUGGAAGGAUGCGACCUUCUACCAAGUCUACCCGGCCAGCUUCAAGGACUCGGACGGUGACGGUUGGGGCGAUCUGCCCGGCCUCAUCUCUGAGGUCGACUAUCUCCAUGACCUCGGCGUCGAUGUGGUCUGGGUGUCCCCCAUCUUCGAGAGCCCCCAGGCCGACAUGGGAUAUGACGUCUCCGACUACCAAAAGAUCUAUGCCCCCUACGGUACCGUUGAAGAUGUCGACACCCUCCUCCAAGAAUGCCACAAGCGCGGCAUGAAGGUCAUCCUCGACCUUGUGGUCAACCAUACAUCCGUCGAGCACGACUGGUUCAAGCAGUCGCGGUCGUCAAAGGACAACCCGAAGCGAGACUGGUACAUCUGGAAGCCCGCCCGCUACGACGCCGACGGCGUGAGGCAUCCGCCGACCAAUUGGCGCGGUUACUUUGCCGGUCCGACCUGGACCUGGGACGAGCACACGCAGGAGUACUACCUGCACCUGUACGCCCCCGACCAGCCCGACCUGAACUGGGAAAACGACGAGUGCCGCGAGGCCAUUUACGAGGACACCAUGCGCUUCUGGCUCGAGCGCGGCGUUGACGGGUUCCGCAUCGACACCGUGAACAAGUACUCCAAGCGGACCGACUACGUCGACGCACCAAUCACCGACCCCAGCUCGCCGCACCAGCCCGCGCCCGAGAUGUGGUGCAACGGCCCGCGCAUCCACGAGUUCAUCCGCGAGAUGAACCGCAAGGCCCUGGCGCCCUACAACGCCGUCUCCGUGGGCGAGCUUUCCCUGACGCCGCACCCGUCGCAGGUGAUCCCUUACGUCUCGGCGGCAGCCAAGGAGCUCGACAUGGUGUUUGAGUUCUCCGUCAUCCGCCUCGGCAACGGCAACGGGUUCGGCGGCAAGUACCUGUACCAGCCGUUCCCGCUGUCCACGCUCAAGAGCUACACGGCGACCUGGCAGUCCUUCAUCGAGGGGACGGACGCGUGGGCGACGGCCUUUUGCGAGAACCACGACAACGGGCGCGCCGUGUCGCGGUUCGGCGACGACUCGACGCCGGAGCUCUGGCGCGCCUCCGCCAAGACCAUCGCCGUCUGGCAGGCCACCAUGUCCGGCACGCUGUUCCUGUACCAGGGCCAGGAGAUCGGCAUGACCAACAUGCCCGCCGGCUGGGGCAUCGAGGAGUACAAGGACAUCGAGAGCGGCAACUUCUACGCCGAGGCCGUCGAGUCGGGAGACCGGGAGCGCAUCGAGAAGACCAUGGCCGGCCUGCGGAUCCUCGCCAGAGACCACUCGCGGAUACCCUUCCAGUGGGACGACAGCCCCAACGCCGGGUUCACGAGGGAGGGCGCGAAGCCGUGGAUGAGGGUGCACGACGACUACAAGGCCAUCAACGCCGCCAAGCAGCGCGGCGACCCGGAUUCGAUCCUCGAGUUUUACAAGUCGGUGCUCAAGAUGAGGAGAGCGCACCGCGACAUUUUUGUGUUCGGCUCGCAUAAGCUGUUGGACCCGGAGAACGAGCGGACGUGGAUCAUCCUGAAGGAGAGCGCCGCGCCGGUUAAUGGACGGGACGGGGUUAGACGCCGGGCGCUGGUUGUGAUGAACUUUUCCAAGGAGGAGGAGGAGACGGCGGGAGAUGUGCCGGCGAUGCUCGGCUGCGACGCCGGCGAGGUGAGGUUGCUCGUCGGCACGCGGGAGGGCGGGGAGGUCGUCAAGGGGGUUGCGCCCGCGCUGAGAGGGUGGGAGGCGAGAGUGUAUACCAAUUUCGAGAUUUAG